UCAGGAGCAGCAGCAUCCUCACUGUCUGACGAACCGGCGGAUGGAGCGGAGGGACGGCAAACUUGAAAACGGUAAAAGCCGGGGACAAAUCUUAAGAUGAGCCAGGGGCCAAAUCUCGUCCUCCAGUGGCUGUCUAAGCUACACCUGACCCACUAUGUGGAGUCAUUCUUUGACAAUGGGUAUGAUGACUUGGAAGUUUGUAAGCAGAUUGGAGAACCAGACCUGGAUGCUAUCGGGGUCCGCAUUCAGUAUCACAGACACAGGCUGCUCACAGCAGUGCAAGCGUUAAAAGAGGAGGACAAAAGGAAAGCACCUGGGUACUAUUUCACCUUAGAGCCUCUGGAUGCUUCUGCCUGCCACCACAUCUCAUACUCAGACAGACUGGGUGACUUGGAGACGCCGAGGUGUCACGCACAGACUGCAGGAGUGCACCAGGCCUCCUGUCCUGGGAACCAUAACCCGAGGUUCACAGACUGUAAUGACUUUGUGACUUAUCCCAAACUGAAGCUCAAAGUACUCAUACGGGAUAAACUUGCAAAAGAUGGCAUUAACCUGGGACAAGCACCUUACACCCACAAGGAUGGCACGGUGGGGAACCUAGAUGACCUGGCUCAGGAGUACUCUCAGUAUUACGGCACCUCCCUCAGUGACGUAUGCGAAAGGAUGGAGGAGCUACGGAAACGCAAAGUAGUGCAAGAUGCAGAGAUGGGAACGAUUGACUCAGUGGCCACAUCAGUGCAGCUGCGCUCACAGAUCCAGGAAUCUCUAGGACUCAGCAGCACCAUGUCGACUCCGGAGACCGAAAGAAGGUUUCCUGUUCACAAAUCCAGCUCGGACGAUGGAUCAGGAGGAAAAUGGGAUGGAAAACGAAAGAGCAAGUCUUUUUGGCAAAGUUUCAAGAAGUCCCAGAAGGGUGUCGUUCGUCAGAUCUCAAAAGGUGAUGAUGUUGGGUUUGUGGCCAGUGAAGUUACGAUGAGUGAUGAGGAGCGAAUUCAGCUGAUGAUGAUGGUGAAGGAAAACAUGAUCUCCAUAGAGGAAGCCCUGGCACGGCUGAAGGAGUUUGAAAUACAAAACAGACAGACAUACAAGGCUGAUCUCACAGAGUCCACUGAUCCCUCCAGUACCCCAAAUGAGUCGUUCAGCUGUAACCCCUGCGACCUGUCAGACAACGAACAAGAGGAAUCUGUCACAUUCAGGAGGCUCCACAAGCUGGUCAACUCAACCCGGAAAACGAAGAAGAAGCUGAUCAGGAUUGAUGAGUCUAAGAGGCCUGGAGCAGAGGAGAGCCUGAAUGCAGAUGGCCUUCCCUGUGGAGAUGCCAGCAUCUCUCUAUAUUCAGGUUUGCAGAGGAAACCUUUAGUCUGUCCAGUGGACUCCCUGGCUUCAACCCUGCAGGAGCAACUCUCCUAUAACCGAGACCUGGACAGCCUGACCACCUCGCCGUCAUCCAGCAGUGUGGACACCUGCAGUAGCCAAAAGACCUUCCAGACCUUGAGCAAGUCUAGUGGUAGCCCUAUUCACCAGGAGACCAACAUAGCAGGGGAGGUGUGGGAGCCAGGCGAAGGCUCUUCUUUUUCUGAAACAGAGGGCUGCAGUGAGGAACCCAAAAUUGCACGCUCGGUGACCGAUGGCGCGCUGCGUCACCCGGUCCUCAACCCACUCAGUCACCACGGGAGAGCUUCUAGCUUUGGAGGAUUCGACCUGACCAACCGCUCAGUGACUGCAGUCAGCCCUGAGAACGAUAACACUAUCAAAACUGGAGACGGGGAUUUGAGAGAUGGCGUUAAAUUCCCACCAACACCUCGUAUCUCUCUGGGUAAAAAAGUCAAGUCUGUGAGAGAGACGAUGCGCAAACACAUUUCCAAGCGAUACCAUAGUUCUCUCUCUGAGCAGUCAAGUCCAGAUCGCUCUUCCAGCUGCCCUCACUCGCCUCAGAUAGACUCUGACUCUUUGGAGAAGCCCAAACUGAAGCCAGGAGGGUCCGUGGAAAGCCUGAGGAGUUCUCUCAGCGGACAGAGUUCCAUGAGUGGUCAGACGGUGGGCACCACCGACUCCUCCAACAGCAACAGAGAGAGUGUGAAGUCUGAGGACGGAGAGGAAGACGAGCUGCCUUACCGUGGACCCUUCUGUGGACGUGCUCUGGUUCACACAGAUUUCACUCCAAGUCCCUAUGACACCGACUCCCUAAAGCUGAAGAGCGGAGACAUCAUCGAAAUCAUUAGUAAGCCUCCGAUGGGUACGUGGAUGGGGAUGCUCAACGGUAAAGUCGGAACCUUCAAGUUCAUUUAUGUGGAUGUUCUGAACGAAGAGGAGGUGAAGCCCAAGAAAACACGCAGGAGGAGAAAGGCCCGGCAACCCAAACCCACCUCUGUGGAGGAACUGCUUGAUCGCAUCAACCUCAAAGAGCACCUGCCCACCUUUCUGUUUAACGGUUACGAGGAUCUAGACACAUUUAAGUUGCUAGAGGAGGAGGACCUGGACGAACUCAACAUCACAGACUCGCAACACAGAGCCGUGUUGCUCACCGCUGUGGAGCUGCUGCAAGAAUAUGAUGGAAGCAGCGACCCAGAGCGAAGCGGUCAGUCUGAAAGCUCACAGGAGAAGCUGCUGCCGGACAGGCGUGGCCUCUUGGGAGACUCCCCGCGAGACUCUGGCUGCUACGAGAGUAAUGAGAACCUGGAGAACGGAAGGGGCAAAAAGACACGCUCGACCAUCAGCAGAUCUUCAUCUGGCUUUGAGUCCAGCCACCUCCCAUCCCCAGAGUACCCUGUCCUCCCCCUGCCCCUCACCUCCAUCCAGUCCAGCAAGUCUUCAUCCCACAGUAAACCCAGAUGCUUCCCCCAUGUCCAUCCUAACCUCCCAAAGCGCGGUUUGAGCUCAAUAAAAGGUCGUAUUCAGAGCAGAUCGUUUGCUAGGAGCCACAGCUGCAUGGAGCUAAGAAGAAACGCAGCACAGACUCCGCUACGCCGCUGCUUCUCCCUGACGAUUCUCCACAAAGAUCAGAAGAGAAGACUCCUCCUCCGCCCUAAAGACUUAAAUCUGUACAUAAAGAGCACAAAAAACCCACUGACAGUCGUGCGUCCAUCCUCCCACGCUUUAUGUAGGACAUCAUACACUGCUGCAUGUACCAGCACAGCAACACAGCAGGCACACCCAGAGCCGCCACCCACAGCUCCACCCAAAAGGUCCAGCGACCAUGUAGCUGCACCUUCCUUAUUAAACCCAGAGCGAGAGCCCUUACCGACAGUAAUGCCCGACAGAGAGCACAUCUUUCUAGGAGAAAGGAAGGGUGCUUCAGUUUCAGCCACUUCUGAAGCUUGUCGGCUGAAACGAAAAGAACUUAGAAGUAAAUCUGGCGGUGGAGCCGGUUUCUAACAAGGUCUGUACAGUAAGUGCAGUACAGAAAGGUGUCUUUACAGCUGUUGAUUUCUGGUUUUCAGCUAAAUGGAAAUUCUGAAAAUCUAACCACAGGUUUUCAAAGAAAAUAUAACAGUGUAAACUUGACGGUCUGUGCUUACGCUGUUAAACCACAUUCAUGUAGCUACUGACCCCCUCGGUCACAGUUUCAGUGAUCUCCAUUCAGCUGAAUCUGGUUCGUCUCUGCAGUGGAGCUGUGCAGAGUCCAACAGUUACACGAGCAGUAGCGCUCGCUCAGAGUUGUCAUUUUUCAACACAAAGCAUUCAUGAAUAAUUUACUCCUUCUGGGUUCACUGUAAUGGAACGUUUUCAAACUGUUAAUAUGAACUGAGUGUUUUGUUCUUGUUGUGUGUAUGUGUAUAUAUAUAAAUAU